UUUAACACACCAUCUCGAAAUCAGAAGCAGCUUAGGCAGGCUCCUGUUUCAGCUCUCCCCUCUUCUCCAUCGUCCGAUUACCCCUUCCCUUCCUCUCACCAAAAUCAACUCUAAACCAUCAUCUCCAUCAACCAAUCCCCAUCUCUCGCGCCAAAUACGAACUUCUCCCAAACCCCCGCCACCCCAUCGACCUCUCUUUCAACCCCCUGGGCAAGGGCUAGGGUUUUAGUGGAGAUGGCUGAAGCUCCUCCUGUGAGUCCUGGUGGUGGCGGCGUUGAGAGCGGGGGCGAGCAGAGCCCUCAGUCGAACGUUCGGGAGCAGGACCGUUUUCUCCCGAUUGCCAACAUUGGACGCAUAAUGAAGAAGGCCUUGCCUGCUAACGGCAAGAUUGCAAAGGAUGCUAAGGAUACUGUUCAGGAAUGCGUGUCCGAAUUCAUCAGCUUCAUCACAAGCGAAGCAAGUGACAAGUGUCAGAAAGAGAAAAGGAAAACCAUAAAUGGUGAUGAUCUGCUUUGGGCAAUGGCAACUUUAGGGUUUGAGGAUUACAUAGAACCACUGAAAGCAUAUCUGGCUCGAUACAGGGAGUUAGAGGGUGACACCAGGGUACCUGCUAGGGGUGGAGAUGGAGUUUCUAAUACAGUUGGAACUCAGAUGGGCUCUAAUGCCGAGCUCUCUUACACACAUGUGGGUUAUGCAAAUUCUCAAGUUUAAGAUGUUGUCAUCAGACCAUCUUGUAAAUGUCUUAUGGAUGAUAUACCUGUAGCAAGAGUCGUACUCCUCCUUCAUUGAUGCCAGUCACUGCACAAUGGGAUGGCACCUCGUGGAAACUGACUGUCUACUUGGCACCUUACGUGGCAUCUGCUCUCAGAGGAGUAUUUUGAUUUUUUUUUUCCCUGCUAUAUUUAGUUUACCUGUGUAAUCCUAAAGGGAGAUAUGUGGAAUAUCUUACAAAAAAAAAUGGCUUUGGACAAUAUCUGAAUAGGUUCUAGUUUGCCUUUGGACAUUUUAUUAUAGUGAAGUUAAUAGAAGGUUUGUGGUAUUUUGGUAAUUUUCAUGGCAA